AUGCGGCUGGACUUUCAUGCCCAAGCUGCCGCUUGCUGGCCGUCACGCCCCCUGCCAGUUUCUCUUUCCCCCACAAGUAGCAACAGAGCGUGCUGCGUUGAGAUGUUUGCCGCGGAACACUGCAUGAUGGAUGCCUUGGACGCCGGCAGGAAGCGUCUGCGGGACGAUGACGAUGCCAACACCACCGCGACGGGCUUCUCCGAGCAUCGCAACGUAUGUCUCAAACGUCUUCAAGCGUUACCUCUUCGCACAUCUCCCAAAUGCAGUCAGCAAUGGCCCCCAUCAGCCAGCAUUACACCGCUCAACGCUGGCGCCAGCGGGGGCAUUCCACAACCGCAUCUUGCUCCCCGAUCACCGUCACCGACAGUUCACAUGCAAGUACACGAUGUCGAUAUGGAGAUGGCCGACAGUGGUCCCCCCACGCCGAGCCAUACAUCUGCCAGCCAUGCGGCUCUCGAUGCACUCGACCGAAACAAUGUCAACCGAAUGCCGACUCCCAUUCAGCCAAGUUUCAUCGCCCAGGUUAGAGGCCAGCAGUGCGACUGGGCUGCGCCUGGUGCAGCUAUGAACGGUGUGGUGAACAUGGGGCAUCAUCAGACCGGCUUCUCCGAUUGCCAGAGCAUCCCGCGCGCGAUGGCUGGUGAAGCGGAUUGGGGUGCGGUGUCACUCAGCAGACGCUUACCUUCACCAAUAUCAGAGGGAGGGGACUCUACGCAGAGCCAAGCCGCCACGUCAAUGGCAAUGGACGACGAGGCCUCUGUUGGAUCAGUGUCGUCUGUCUGCGCGCGGACAUCGCCGUUACACGCCAUGAACCAUCCGAAUGCUAUGGAUAUGGAGUCCCACCAUGGGGAAACAGAGGCGGCAUCCCCGUCGCCUGGUCGCAAAGGCCAUGUGCGGAGCAAACACACCAUCAACUCUUGGACAUGGCAGCCAGGGAUGAAGAAGAGUUUCAGUAUAGGAUACCGCUCCGACUGCGAAAAGUGUAGGCUCAAGGUAGACACGGUUGGUCGACCCAAGCACAGAUCUACAGCUCUAGGACACUGCGGUAAGGCCGUUGAACUGGCGGUCCAAGCGAGGACAACUGAGAAGCGGCUGUUUGGCCACUUCACGCACAGAGGAACUCCUCACAUCACAGAACCCCCACAUGACUAUGCAUUCGGGACGAAAUCAGCCAUUGUCCCCGUAUGCCGAACCCAGUCUUCCUACUCUUUCUUCAUGGAUCCCCAUCUGGGGCAGGCUUGUCCUCUUCUAGGCGCGACACGGCUAAAGCGAAAUUCGCUCCCACCGGCGCCCGGAAGACGAGAGACAGUACCACCAUUACGCAUCGACAUUUUUAGGCUGCUUACCUGGCGGCGUUCACUCUCGGCUUUUUCCUUUGUCCACAUCUUACCCUUGGGAAUGCAUCAGGCUUCAAGCGUUUUAUUCACAUAG